AUGGCGAAUGUGAUAACACCGGUAGUUAUUGGGGUUGAUGUUGGAGGAACAAACACUGAUGCUGUGCUUAUUGCUGGGAAUAAACAGCAAGCAACAGUUUUAUCAACAACCAAACAAUCAACAUCAAGUGACGUUACAACUGGUGUACAUAAAGCUAUUUACACAGUUUUAAAGCAGACACAUGAAAAUGGGCAAAAAGUGAGCGUUGUUCAGGUCAAUAUCGGUACAACACAUUUCGUUAAUGCAGCAGUUCAAGGGAAAGAUUUGGUUAAAGUCGCAGUUAUUAGACUUUGUGGGACUGUAUCUCAAGACCUGCCACCAUUUAGCGACUUUCCGGAAUUUCUUAAAAGAACAAUUAAUGGUUCAGUGCAUUUGGUAAAAGGUGGAUUUCGUUAUGAUGGACGUCCAAUUGAUGAAAUAGACGAAAAUGAAAUCCGUCAAGUUAUAGCUACUCUGAAGGUUAAAGGUCUUAAAUAUCUGGUAAUCUCUGGUGUGUUUUCUCCUGUAAGACAAAAUCAAGAGAGAAGGGUCAAGGAGCUUAUCGACUUGGAAUAUCCAGAGGCAAGUGUCACGUUAUCCUGUGAAAUUGGACAAAUUGGUCUUCUUGAACGGGAAAAUGCUGCUAUUUUAAACGAAUGUCUAAAACCCUUAUGCCAAAAGACUAUAGACGGGUUUAAAAAGGCUCUUUCUGAACUGGGUUUGGACUGUCCUCUGUUUUUGACUCAAAAUGACGGUACUAUUAUCAGCGCCGAAGAUGCCUUGGAACACCCAAUAUACACAUUUGCUUCCGGACCUACUAAUUCUAUGCGUGGAGCAGCCUAUUUAUCACAAAUAAAAGAUGCUUUGGUGGUCGACAUUGGUGGUACCACAACGGAUGUAGGGAUGCUCAAAAACGGUUUUCCUCGAGAAGCGUCAACGCAAGUUAAGGUAGGAGGACUAAAGACAAAUUUUAGAAUGCCCAACGUAUUGAGUAUUGGUUUGGGUGGUGGUUCCUAUGUUAUAUCACACCUGAAAGAUGGUAGUAGAUUCGUCACCGUUGGGCCCCUCAGUGCUGGUUAUAAUCUUAUUAAUGAAGCCAGAGUUUUUACCAAAUCAGCCGAAGUUCUAACAUCAUCCGAUGUCGCAGUGGCUGGUGGACUGGCUAUUCUUGGAGACGUGUCUGCUGUUGCAGACCUUGAUAAGGAGAUCGUGAGGCUUGCGCUUGAUAAAAUACACGAAAUGGUAGAAAAUACUAUUGAUAAAAUGAAAUUUGAUGAAGAAGAUCUUCCAGUUAUUUUGGUUGGUGGAGGGAGCAUUCUUAUAGAUCCCAAUCGAAAAUUGAAGGGUACCAGUGAAGUUAUAUUACCAAAGCAUUUUGGAAUAGCAAAUGCGCUUGGUGCAGCUUUAUGUCAGGUGUCAAAUCCAGCCAAGGAAUCGGUACGGACCCUUUUCUUCGCAGAAGCUACAGAGGCAAUAUAUCAAGCCUGCAAUAAGGCUAUUGAAAAGACUGUUUUACUUGGUGCAAGUCGCUCAUCAACGGUGAUUUAUGAAAAGGAUUACUCAACUCUAGCCUAUAUCCAUGGACAAGUUAUUCAAGUGAAAAUUAAAGCUAUUGGAGACAUGGAAAAUUGGAACAAGCCCGGACUCCAUUUAACUGCAUGGUCUUCUGAUAAUUUAGAGGCAGUUCCAGAACCCAAGAUAGCUGAUGCCAGAUCAAAACAGACCACUACUGCCUCGGGAAAUACACUCACAGAGGAUGAUAAAGUUUUUGAAAAUGCGCUACAUCCCACAGACCCUUAUAUUGAUCCUGGCACUGGAGAAUGGAUUUUGAAUGCUUGGGAUAUAGAAUGUAUUGUGCUGGGUGCCGGUAUUUUUGGCUGUGGUGGAGGUGGCAGUCCAUACCUGGGUCGUUUACGUUGUCUUAGCGCUCUCAAACGAGGUAAGAAAUUGCGAGUCAUAACCCCAGAAAGACUUAUCAAAAACACUAAUGCCGAAAGGGAUAGAGUGGUUUGCGUGGCGUUUAUGGGAGCCCCAUUGAUUAUGAUCGAACAGCUCAUGUCGUCGGAUUACCAUCCACCGAAAAAGGGGGUCAACAAGAAAGAGAAAAAAGUUAACAUUGUUGCACUGAUUUCUGCGGAAAUAGGAGGUUGCAAUGCCGUCGAACCAUUACUUGUUUCGGCAGCCAUGGGUAUACCGACAGUUGACGCAGAUGGGAUGGGACGUGCUUUUCCGGAAUUGCAAAUGUUUUGUCCAUUUUAUAACGGCGCCGAACCAUACCCAGCUGUUCUAGCACACGACAAAGAUAGGCGAGCAGUUAUGCUCAAAACUCCAUCUGCUAAGCAAUUAGAACAUCACUUCCGUGACACAGUAGUCGACAUGGGUUGUUCUGGUGGACUUGUUCUAGCUCCAAUGAAGACUUCUGAUGUCAUGAAAAAAACUGUUUUACAUUCUGUUAGUCGUGCAUGGCGAAUGGGUAAUGCUGUUUUGAGAGCCAGGUUGGAAAAGAUGUCGCCAAUUAAUGCCAUUUUAAAGGAAGAAAGUGCACAUCAUUUAAUAACUGGCAAAGUGAGAGAUGUUCAAAGGGAAACAACUGCUGGUUUCAAUAAAGGCAGAUUGACCAUUGAAGGCUCAGACAAUUUCUGUGGAAACUACGUCAAGAUAGAAUUCCAAAACGAAAAUCUGGUCGUUUUACCAUUGGAUAAAGAUGGGGAAAGCGUAUGUGGUGAAGCUUUAGCGUGUGUUCCCGAUCUCAUCAUGUUAAUCGAUGCGGACACUGCCGAGCCAAUUACCACAGAAGAAAUGAAAUAUGGUCUCAGAGUCUCAUUGGUAGUCUUAGCUUCUCAUGCAAUGCUCCGAACAAAAGAGGCUUUACGUUUUGUUGGACCACAAGCGUUUCGAUAUCCAGAAUCAGUUGCAAAUUUUAAGCCAUUUGCUGAUGCAAAAAUAACUAAACCCAUUCCACCAAUAGCAUAA